AUGUCGAUGACUAUUUAUUUCAGUGAAGAAAAUAGUUCUGUAGAUAUUAUUCUAUCUCAUCUGGAUAAUGAAAAUAGUGUUAGAUUAUUGCAGAAAUUAUAUACAGCAGAUGAUGCUAUAAGACAGCAGUUAAUGAUUAAGGCCGAAUAUUUUAAAAGAUGGCAAAGAAGAAUUAAGAGACGUCAACAAGAGAGGACUGUUUAUGAUCCUAUAAAAGCAAGAUCUAAAGAAUUUCAUGAAAUGACUGUCAUGAAAAAAUAUUGGUGUAAAUGGAGAGAUGAUAGUAUAGAUAGUGUCAAUAAAAGAUUGGCUGAUCAACUCUAUAAACAACAUAUGUUGAAAAAAGGUCUAGAAGGGUUUAAAUGGGCUAUCUAUAGAUCUCAACACUAUCAUGAUAUCAUGAAAUUACGUACACAGAAAAUUACACUGAAAGGUGUAUUUUUGAAGUGGAAGAGGAGAGCUUAUCAAAGACAAUUUAAUAGAUUGGCUACAACAUUUACAAACUGGUUUCAAUAUACACAAGAACAGAAAAAAGUUCGCAUAUUUGAUGGUGGAAUGAAACAGAAAUUAUUAAAAAAAUGCUAUACUACCUGGAUAAAAAGAUAUUGUGUGAAAUUAAAGGAAAAUAGAGCUGACCAAUUCUCAAGGCAAUGUUUGUUAUCUAAAUGUGUUUCUGUAUGGAAAUUGUUUACUAAUGAAUCCAGAAUUAAAAGCCAUAGAAAUGAUCAAGCAGUUGUGUUAUAUACUUACAAUGUGGAGAAGAAAUACUUUCAUAGAAUGGUUGCAAAUUACAGAAAGAUUCAACUAGCUAGACAAUUCCAUAGACAUCACAUAUUAUUAAAAUGUUUAUGUUUAUGGAAAGAAGGGAGUGAAGUCAGUCAUCAAGAAAAACAACAUGAUUUAAGAGUUAGUGAUAAACAGUGGACACAGACUACUAUUACUACUAUGUUUUAUUAUUGGAGAGAAAGAUUAUUAAUGGUUAAAGCUGUACGAAACAGUCAGAUGACUACUCAAAAACAUGUUUUCACUGUAUGGAAAACAUUAUGGUUAGAUCUAAGGGCCAAACAUGAGAAUAUAAGGAAAGAGUUGUCUACUAUGAAAGUUUCUCGCCAUUUCACUGCUUGGAAAGACCAUGUAGUUAGGCAGAAUUAUAAACGUGAUAUAUUAUCUCAGCAACUAGUGAAGGUUAUGUUACAAAUAAGGCUUAAAGAAUGGAAGUAUUAUACUGAUUAUAAGAAGCAACUUAGAAUGAAGUGUGAACUAUAUAGAAGGAAUUGUGAUAGCAGUAAACAGCAGGAAUGUUUUGCUAUAUGGUUAAAGCAAUAUUUGAGACACUUAUCAGUUCAAAAAGCACGACAACAUUGGUCAAAUAACUGUCUCAGAAAAAUUAUUAACAAAUGGAAACUGAAAUGUAGGAAAACUGAAUUAAAAGAAAUUCUGAUAGAAACAGAACCUGAUAGAAACUUACAUCUGAUUAAAGUGAUGUUUAAUAAGUGGAAGACAGCUAAAAAUAGAAAAGAUCAAGAGAUCUAUGAAGCAGAUAAAAUAAGAGAAGAACUAAAGAAAUCUAAGUUACGUAGAAUGUUUGAUAUUUGGAAGAAGGCAAUGGAACAACUAAAUAAACUCCAACCAUUAAUACAAUCUAGACAAAAUCUGGUGUUAAAAAGAUGUUUUCAGUCAUGGAAUCAGAUUGUACAACAUAAACUACAAUGUUUACAGAAUUAUAAUGUUAUUGUUAACUUAAGAUUACAUAAUAUCUUUAAUCGUUGGAGACGACAAAAUAAAGUACAUGAGAUAGAGAAAGAUAUUGAGAGAAACAGACAAAGAAAAUUUUCGCAUAAAUGUUUAAGAGAAUGGAGAGAUAUUGUUAAACGUAAACAGUCAGCUAAUCUAUUUUAUGAACAACAUCUUCAGAGUUAUCUGUUCAAUUAUUGGAAGUCUAGAACAAAAAGACAGAUUGAAGAGAAAACACAAGCAAUUGAACUAGAGGAAAGAAACUUGGACAUGAAGAAGUCCUAUUUUAAUUUGUGGUUAGAGAGUAUAAGAAGAGAAAAGACUUUGGAGGAAGAUAAAAUUUUACAAACACAUCAGCAUCGUAGUUAUAGACAACUUACCACAGCUUUUUAUAAUUGGAAACACCAUUUACAGAUUACACUUGUUGCGAGAGUAUACUCAAAGGGGAUAGAGAGAAAGCAUUUAAAGGAGGUUCUUAAUGAGUGGAAGAAUACUACUCAGUAUUCUAUACAAGACUCCAUUCACCAGUUCUCUAUUAGGCUUGGUCUUCCAGUUAAUUAUACUGAUAGGUUAGGUUCAGAGAUCUCCAUCACAGAACCACAAAGCAGAAAUGAUGAUACAUAUAGUUUAGAUGGUGAUGACGAUUGUACUAUGAUAGAUGAUAGUCCUAGAUCUAUAUCAUCUAUAAAUACAGUAACAUCAUUAAAUAGGUUGUUUGCUGGUUAUCCAAGUGAAAGAAGUGUUGAUAUAGAGAAAUUAGAUUUAGAUAAUCAAAGUUUAUUAAGUGGUAUAGAAUCAGCUAUUAUAGACGAAAGAGAAUCCAAGAUACAAAGAAAACGGGAAUUAGUCUCAGUCUUCAUUAAUCGUUUACGUCACUGGCCAGUCAGUCUUAUAUUUGAUCACUGGAAAGACUUUAUAAUAAACCAGAGAGAACUGAAAGAGGCGGCAAAUCAGGUUGCUGAAAUAAGUCAAAUGCUAAAACUCAAAUUGGCUUUCAGAAGAUGGAAAUGUCACUUAAAAAGCAUUAAUAUUGCUCAAGCUCAUAGGGAUAAAGUAGUAUGUUCAACAGCAAUAAAGUGUUUUGGGAAUUAUCACAAAUCUAGAUGUAUGAAAAGAAAAAUGGCUGACUCUGCUGACAGACAUCAUAUGAAAACAGAACUAAAGAAAUAUUUCCCAGUCUGGAUAGAAAAGGCCAAAGACAAGCAGCAUAAAGAAAAUAUUCUACGUUUAUGGUCAACGGCAACACCAGAGGAAAUAGAGUUGUUGCCCUUAGAACAUCAGCUUUCGACAAACCUGAACAAGAGAACAUUGUAUCUUUGCUUCUCAAUAUGGCAGAUAAAACAUCAAUUUUUUCAGAAAAUACAACAUGUUCAUAAGUCAUUUAUAUUGAAAAGAGUAAUAACAGAAUGGAAUGUCUGGGCUAGUGAUAAUCAUCAAAGAAGUGAUAAAUGUGAAAAAUUUAGAAGGAAAUACAUUCAAUUAAAUUAUUUUAAACAAUGGAGAUUAAAACUACAACAGAAACAAGCCACUGAAGAAAAAUAUGAAAAAGCUUGGCAGAGUUAUUUAGCGGUUAUCUUUAGAAGAUGGUAUCAGUGGGCAAAAGGUAAUCACCAGAGCCAGGUUCAUUCCAAACAACUUACUUACCAUUGUCAGCAGAAUAAACUACAGCAAAAAUUUUACUACUGGAGAGACUUAACAAUUAAAGCUGCUCAAGUUAGACAAAUUCAUAAUAGAGUGGUAGCAUUAGUGGCAUUGAAAGGUUGGCGAGAAAUUCUACAAGAGAAAAAACAAGAGAGAAAAACUGUUUUACAAUUUCAAGUCAAGUGUUAUACCAAUUUGGUUCAAGGUUUGUUUCAAAAAUGGAGGAAAAAGUACGCUAAUAGGUUAAAUCAUCAACAAGAAAAACAGAAAUAUGUGGAAAUGAGGGCUUUGGAAAUUGGUAAAAAAUGGAGAAAAAAAUCUAGAAGGAGUAGAGCAAGUCAACAUUAUAAACAAUUACAGAGCAGACGGCUUUGUGAAUUCUUUGCAAACUGGAGAAAAAAAUAUGCAAGGGUUUUGAAUAUGGAGGAAGUUUUAGAAAGUCACAUUGAAGAAAAAAAUCAAGAACUAAUCAGUCAGAUGUUACUUCAUUGGAAGAAUCGUUUAUUAUUAAACCAUGUUGAUCAAGUCUACCAAACUAAACUUCAAAUCACAGUCUUCCAGGAGUGGAUUACUUGGGCUAAAGCCAAGAAGGAGAGAAGACUAAGAGGUUUAGCAUUACAACGAGCAUUACAAGAACGUACACAACAUGUAUAUUUUAAACUUUGGUUAGGUUACACUAAGCUCAAUCAAACAGUUAAACAGCAUUUUAAUGUCAAGUUACAAAUCAGAAGCCUCGAAGCUUGGCAUGUAUACACUCAAAAGAAGAAAAAAUUGGAUGCAAACUAUUUUGUAAUGACAGCUAGAGUUCGACAUAACAUUUUAUUAAAAACUUUUUCAUUCCUGAGAAAUCGAUUUGAUUACUGUCAAGCUUUACAAGAAACAGCUCAAAAAAUUCACGAGGAUCAGAAUAAAGCUAUACAGAGACAUUCAUUAUUAUUGUGGCAUAAUAGAUUAGAUAGAAUUAUGUCUGCUAGAUGCUAUGGCAAGUUUUUAGCAUGGCGAGUUGCUAGACAGUGGCGUAAUUUUGUAUGUAGAAAACAGGUUGAAAGACAGAAAGAAGCUGAACAGGAAGGAAUGGCUAUUAAACAUUAUAAUAAGCAUUUAUGUAAAAUGGUUUUCAAUGUGAUGAAAAUGGAAAGAUGUAUAAAUAUAUAUAAAGAGAAAAGAAAAGAUAGAAUAGUCAAACAGUAUGCUAGAUUAUGGAAAUGGAAAGUUGAUCUUUUAUAUACAGCUAGAUUAGUGGAUAGUGAAAGAAUGAUCAAGGAAUUCUGGAGAAAAUGGAGAAUAGAAUAUAGGAGAAAACAAACUGUAGAUAAAGUUACAUCAUUUCAUCAAAAACAACUCUUAUCACAGGUAUUUUUGAGUUGGAAAAGUCUUGGUAAUAAAAAGAGAAGGAAAUCUUCUAUUCUACUACCUGUCUCUUUUGGUAAUAUGGAGUCACCUGGUUAUGGUUCACCUAAUUCCCACGGCAACCAACAAUGUGGUGAUUGUAAUUCUAAUGUCAACACAGCAUCAGUGCUACCUGAAAUACAGUCUAAGCCACCUAUUAUCAAUGGCGGAUAUAAAGUUUCUAAUGGCCUUACAAAAUCUAAUAUUAGAAAGAUUAUUACUAGAUCUGAUCGAUUCAAAAGUAAAAUUCCAUCUCCUUCAACAAAAUAG